AUGAUCGGAAAAGUUGUGGUCUCGGUGGCCUCCAUCCUCUUAGUGGUGGGAGUAGCCAUUGGAGUCGUUGCCUUCAUUAACAAAAAUGGCGACGCUAAUCUGUCUCCUCAGAUGAAAGCCGUCCAAGGAAUUUGCCAGGCAACCGCCGACAAAGCCUCAUGUGUCAAAACUCUAGAGCCGGUCAAGAGCGAUGACCCAAACAAACUGAUCAAGGCCUUCAUGCUCGCUGUACAAGAUUCCAUAACCAAAUCAUCAAACUUCACGGGUAAAACCGAAGGAAACUUGGGCUCGGGCAUCUCGCCAAACAACAAAGCCGUUCUUGACUACUGCAAGAAAGUUUUCAUGUACGCGCUUGAGGAUCUCAGUACCAUUGUCGAGGAAAUGGGCGAGGAUCUUAACCAGAUCGGUAGCAAACUCGACCAGCUUAAACAAUGGUUGACCGGUGUUUACAACUACCAAACCGACUGUCUUGACGAUAUCCAAGAAGAUGAUUUAAGAAAGACUAUUGGAGAAGGUAUUUCAAGCUCCAAGAUUCUUACUAGCAACGCUAUUGACAUCUUCCACACCGUCGUUAGCGCCAUGGCUAAGAUCAACAUGAAGGUCGAUGACUUCAAGAACAUGACCAGCGGAAUCUUCUCUCCUAAAGGAGACAACAAAGGAACCCCUCCCGUCGCUGAUGACUCUCCCGUCGCCGACCCUGACGGUCCUGCUCGUCGUCUUCUCGAAGACAUUGAUGAGUCCGGUACCCCAACAUGGGUUUCUGGUUCUGACAGGAAGCUGAUGGCAGCUGCCGGACGUGGCCAAGGAGGCGGUGCCGGUGCUAGAAUCAAAGCGACCUUCGUCGUUGCUAAGGACGGAAGCGGACAGUUUAAGUCUGUUCAACAAGCCGUUAAUGCUUGCCCCGACAAAAACCCCGGACGUUGCAUCAUCCACAUCAAGGCUGGUGUCUACAACGAGCAAGUUAUUAUCCCCAAGAAGAAGAACAACAUCUUCCUCUUCGGAGAUGGUGCAAGAAGGACCGUCAUUACUUACAACAGAAGUGUUGCACUCUCCCCUGGAACCACCACUUCUCUCAGUGGCACCGUCCAGGUUGAGUCCGAAGGAUUCAUGGCCAAAUGGAUCGGAUUCAAGAACACAGCCGGUCCAAUGGGACACCAAGCCGUGGCUAUCAGAGUCAACGGAGACCGUGCUGUGGUCUUCAACUGCAGAUUCGACGGUUACCAAGACACUCUAUACGUCAACAACGGACGUCAAUUCUACAGAAACUGCGUCGUCUCAGGAACCGUCGACUUCAUCUUCGGCAAAUCCGCAACCGUUAUCCAGAACUCCCUCAUCGUUGUCCGUAAAGGAAACAAGGGACAAUUCAACACCAUCACAGCCGACGGAAACGAAAAGGGUCUAGCCAUGAGAAUCGGUAUCGUCCUCCAGAACUGCCGUAUCGUUCCCGACAAGAAGCUAGCAGCCGAGAGACUGACCGUUGCUUCAUACUUGGGAAGGCCGUGGAAGCAGUACUCGACCACCGUGCUCAUCAACUCCGAGAUCGGAGAUUUGAUCAGGCCAGAAGGAUGGAAGAUCUGGGAUGGGGAGAGUUUCCACAAGACGUGUAGGUACGUUGAGUACGGUAACCGUGGACCAGGAGCUAUCACUAACAGGAGAGUUCCAUGGGCUAAGAUCGCCAGGUCUGCGGGUGAGGUCAAUCAGUUCACCGUCGCUAACUGGUUAGGUCCGAUUAACUGGAUUCAGGAAGCUAACGUGCCUGUCACGCUUGGACUAUAA